GCAUACUAAACAGUAUGCUAAAACCUGUCCUGUCGCACUACUUUGGCAUGCUAUGUAGUACGGUAGUAUGCGGUUUGGACGCAACCUGUUGUCCCUCCCACUAGUCACCAGCACGCUGUAUAAGGAAGGGCACAUACAUAUAACCGCUACUACUGGUUAUCUGAUCUUAAAGGACAAUGUCGAGCAUAGCUGCUGCUAGUGUGGAGCCCACAGCUACUGAGGAGAAGAAGCCACUGAAGCCGUGCUGUGCAUGCCCUGAAACUAAAAAAGCAAGGGAUGCCUGUAUAAUUGAAAAGGGUGAAGAAAACUGCACAGAUCUUAUCGAGGCUCACAAAGAGUGCAUGAGGGCACUUGGUUUCAAAAUAUAAUUGCAAAGGACUGGAUUGUGAGGAUGACCUGGACUGUGGUGGGGUGUGUGGACUACUAUUUAUACUAUUAUGCUGUGAGAAGAUUUUGUUUUUUUCAGUUGUUCCUCUGAAUGUGAUGUAUUCUUAGUUUUGUGUGAAUGUUGCAAAUUGAUUUUGAAUAAACAUCCUAUGCAAUUCUA